AAAUAUAACAAUUCUUACGCUACGCGCCAAGUUCUGUGCUUUCAGUCAACCAGUUCGUGUUGAAGUGAACGCGGGAAAAUAGCACUGCAUGUGUUCUUGUGAUUGACUAUAGUUUAUAGGCUUAUGAUUUUCUUUCUACAAAGGUAAACCGAUAAGACAUGUCGCCCCCCAACAGUGCUCCUCCAGGAAACGCCGAAACUGAGUACCUCAAGGUCCCCACUGAAACAAAACCUGAAGAACAACAACCCUUGAACGAUUUAGUCCCCGAAGACGAUGCAGAAGUCGUCGUACCCCCCGACGGGGGUUGGGGUUGGGUCGUUGUUUUUGCCUCUUUCAUGUGUAAUAUGAUCGUUGAUGGAAUCAUUUUCUCCUUUGGAGCUUUCAUCGAACCAAUUAAAGACGAAUUUCACGUCACGAAAGCAUAUGUAGCACUCGUGGGGUCCCUCAUGUCCGGGUUUUAUCUUAUCGCCGGGCCUUUUGCUAGCGCUGUGGCCAAUAGAUACGGAUUUAGACUGGUCGCAAUCAUGGGGAGUGUGCUAGGGGCUGCGGCAUUCGCCUUGGCCAAUUUCGCCCCCAACGUGGAGUAUCUCUGCGUCAUGUUUGGAGUCAUAGGAGGUAUUGGAUUCGGGUUUAUCUACGUGCCUUCGAUUAUCACCGUCGGCUUUUAUUUUGAAAAAUGGAGAGCCUUGGCGACCGGAAUUGGAGUUUGUGGUUCCGGUAUUGGAACCUUUAUGUUUGCUCCCAUAACAGCAUACCUGAUCGAGAACCUUGGUUGGAGAACUGCAAUUUUGUGCCAAGGCACUAUUGUUUUUGCUUGUGGCAGUUUUGGUUUUCUCUAUAGGCCGUUAAAACCGACAAAGGUUCAAGAGAUUAAAGACAAUGACGGAGAGACUGAAUUAAAAAUGGACCCGAGCAAACUGCCCCCUAUCACGAAAAUGAAGAUGGAGUUGGCUUUAGAAGCAAUGAAGAGUAAUGAGUCUUGUAACACCAGUCAAGCCUCAAUAAAUCGCAUGUUGGGUGUUAAUAACAAUGCGAAUUAUCCUCGAGUUUCGGAUGUGUAUCAUACAAUCAGCAUACCGCAGCAAAGGGCCUUGGAUGGGUCUUGUUACGAGAAAAGACUGAGUGUGCCUUUUAUUUCUGAAGCAGAUCGAAUGCAAAAUUCAGGAGCGAAAGAAUGUUUACUCCAGAAUAAAAGUACAAAUCCUAUUAUAGUUCCUAAAGGUUCAAGACGAGGUUCUGCUGUCGACCCUGAGGUUAAUAGACCGAUGUACCGAGACGAUAUCUUCUUCAACGCUAGCUUAACACGUUUACCUCAGUACACGUCUCGAACAUCAAUAGCUUACAACUUAUCAGUCACGCGAUUACCAACGAAGAACGAUAUUGAGGAAGAGAAGAAAAGUUCUUGCAAGAUGUGCCCAGAAGCCGUUAAACGAACACUUGCAACAAUGCUCGAUUACAGUUUACUCUGCUCUCCCACCUUCCUCUUGCUUGCACUUGGCGGCUUCUUCACCAUGAUGGGCUUCUACGUCCCUUUCAUGUUCCUUGUGAGUCGAGCAGAGAACGCAAAUCUGGCAAAGGAAUACACGAGGUUCCUCAUCUCCGCCAUUGGUAUUUCCAACACAAUUGGGAGAGUUUUGUGUGGGGUCCUCAGUUCUUUUCCCGGUGUUAAUGCACUGUUUGUGACCAACGCAGCAUUGACGAUCGGAGGGAUUGCGACGAUAUUCAGCGGUUUUUCCAUGACACCGGAAUAUCAAUUCUUCUACACGGCGGUGUUUGGAUUAGCUAUUUCAACAUUUGCGUCGUUGAGGUCAAUCGUGGUGGUGGAUCUUUUGGGACUGGAAAAGUUAACAAAUGCGUUUGGGUUGCUUCUGCUGUUCCAAGGUGUGGCUGCGAUUUUUGGUGCUCCGAUUGCAGGAGCGUUUACAGAAGCCACUGGGAGUUACGAUGCCGGAUUUUAUUUGUCGGGGAGUUUGAUUCUUGCAUCGGCUGUUAUGUGCUACCCUUUGAAUUAUAUCAAUCGGCGCGAAAUGCAAAAGAAAAAGGAAAAGUUGGAAAAUAAAUCAGUACCAGUUUAAUGAUUAUUUAUGAAUAAUCUUUUUGCAUAAUUCAUGAUUUUCCACGUUCCUAUUUAAAUGGGUGCUACGUCACUGCAACUACGUAUUGAGUUGUUUGGCAGGGGAUUUUUAAUACUCGAAUUUUGUACGCUUGUACUUUAACUAUAAUGACAGGGUUUAUAUACGACGAUUUUUCAAGACUGAUAUAGUUUUAAGAUCUGUACAUAUUGUAUUUAAAGCUAUAAUUUAACAUAAUUGAUCAAUGGAAAAUUAUGGAAUUUACCUAAUUAGUUUAGAUUUUAUAUAAUUGCUGAACUGUUAUUUAUGACACCUAUUCUUGUUGGACAUUCCAAUGUUUCAUUACCAUUAGGAGGAAUUUUCCUGUAUUGUACGUAAAUUAUUCUACUCUAGCUAUAGACCAAAUUGUUAAUUUGAUACAAACAGAACCUUUAAUUACUUUGUCAAAGUAAAAAAUAAAAAUUGUUGUUUUGA